UUCAGAGGGAUGUCGGUCCACGCCUGCUCAUGAGAAGCCACGACCACCCGGUGACACUCACGCCCUCACAGCGUGCAGCAGCGUGGAGGAAGAACCAGGAGGGGUAUAAAAAGAGUAAGAUGUACAGCGUUAACGGUAGAGUCGUUGUUUCUGUUUGCUGAUGCCUUCUUUGAUUUCCCGUGCCGUAUAAGUGGAUUCCAUCGGUGUCUGUUAACAAAAAUGGGACUUCUGAUGAAGAAGAAUGUUGUUUUGCUGGUGCUUCUUCUUAUCCUGGGAGUCUACUUCAUUAGUCAUUCUGCCCUCCUCAUUGCGGGCCCAUCAAUGUCACAUAAACCCAUUCCAAAUGAGUUAAGUUGGCAAGCAGAGAGGUUGGUCAAUAAAGAAGCCUGGGUCGAACAGAGAGGUUACCUGCCUCUCAAUGUGUCCUAUCAGCUGCUUGCUGGAGCACCAUCCACUCAACAGAGGUAUUUAACAAUUGGAUUAUCAUCGGUGAAGAGGAACAAGGGCAGCUAUUUAAUCCCCACCUUGCAGUCGCUCUUCUCCCAGUCUUCUCCUGAAGAGCGUUCUUCCAUGGUGGUGGUAGUGCUGCUGGCAGACUUUGACAACAGCUGGAGAAUCAUAACAGUGAGGGAGAUCAAAACUGCAUUUGCCUCUGAGCUGGAACAAGGCCAGCUGGUGGUCCUACAUGUUCCUCAGCAGUGGUACCCUCCUUUUACAGGUAUAAAGAGGAACUACAACGACGCUCCAGAAAGGGUAACGUUCAGGUCCAAGCAGAACCUGGAUUACGCCUUUCUGAUCCACUAUGGUGCUGGUCUUGGUAGAUACUACCUCCAGCUGGAGGACGACAUCUUCUCUGCUAAGAGCUUCCUUACAACAAUCAAGAGGCGUGUUGAGGAACAAGAGGUGAAAAAGGCCACCUGGGCAAUGCUGGAAUUCUCCAGCCUGGGCUACAUAGGGAAACUCUACAAAGCAGCCCAUAUUCCUCUCCUGGCCCGCUUUCUCUUCCUCUUCUAUCAGGAAAUGCCCUGCGACUGGUUGAUGUCUCACUUCCGAGUGCUGCUGACUCAGAAAGAAGUUAUCCUCUUCAAACCCUCACUGUUCCAACACAUGGGGACUUUCUCCUCGUUCAAAGGGACAUACAACCAUCUAAAGGACAAGGACUUUGAGGAGCGGUUCUACACCAAUCCUUCAGCUGAGGUCUACUCUGAUAUGUCCACCUACCAGAAACACUUCCCCAAACUGGCCUGGGAUGCAGGGGAGGGAUACUUCUGGGGACGCUCCCCAGAAAAGGGAAAUUACCUGACUGUGGUGUUUAAAGACCCUGCAGUAGUGACAGGGAUAUGUGUAGAAACAGGGUCAGGGGGCAAAGACCUCCUGGAGUCAGCUCAGGUGGAGAUAGGCCAUGAAGUGGUUACUACCGAGAAAGUGGAGAAGAGUUGUAAAGAGUUCCAGUCAGUGGGGACCUUAGAGAAUGGGAGGUUUGAAAUGCAGGACAUGGACAAAAAGUAUAACACUGCCUCUUCCUGUCUGAGGAUACAAGUCACAGCUGGGCAGAAAGACUGGUUGAUCAUUCAGAAAAUCAGGGUCUCAACAAAACUGAGUACACCUCCACAUCAAGCAAAGGAGUGAACUCAGUCUCUCAGGAUUUUGCGUGCUUUUUUAGGAUUGUUGCAGCAUAAAAUGCCUCAUCUCACAGCAGUGUUAAAAAAAAAUAUAGCAAUGCUUGUUGCAAUGUUGUGAGAAUUGAAAAAAAACAUUUAGAUUGUUAUUUUUGUAUAUUUUUUUUGUAUAUGGAAAGAAUAAAACCACACUGUUUGGACAAGGUAAAUGGGACACGUUUGUGCCCAGGAAACUACAAUGAUUGGCCAAAUUUACAAGGUUGCCCAGAAUUCACAGGGAUUGGUUGAAUUUGCGUUAAUUGCACUUUGUGUAGGGACUGUCAAAUUGUUCUUCCUGCCAGAUUUAUCAUUUCUCUUGGUUUGAUCUGCUGGACCUUUAUUAAAGGCUGAGCAUGUGA